UUUUUUUGUGAGGGCAGCCCUCUGGCCGGCCGACGCGCGCGGGGCCAGCUGCAGGUCGCAGAGCGCAUCGCAAGAGGUCGCCUCUGGCGUGCCUCAACGCGCGCGCGUCGACAGACCGCGUCUCGGAGCGUCCAGAGGCCGCUGCGCACCAGCGGCGCCGGCACGCAGCCGCGGCGGAACGCAUCGAUGCGCGCAGCCAUGCGGCUCCUCCUACUCUUACAAGCAGCAAGCACCUUGAACGUCUCCGUCGUGCCGUCCUACUUCCGCUCCCCGAAGGAGCGCAACUUCUUUAGGAGAUACGGCAAGUGGCAGAUUGACGAGAGACGCUGCGACAGGUUCAUUCGGAACCGCGCCUACGACAAGACGUGCCAGCGGCUGGACCCUAAACCAAAUGAAUUGCUCCCGUUGCUCGUGACAGGAGCUCCUGGAAGUGGCACGCGCGCGGUCUUCGAACUGGUCUAUGCGAUGUGCCACAAAGCUACCAGAGAGUGUCGUCAAUAUCCGGAGUUCAACACGACACUCGAUGCUGCCGUAGUGCUCCAGCCGCACGGUUCACCAAAACCGCCCCGAGGGACGCCACCGAUCAUCUUCGAAAACCCCUGCUGCGAGGUCUGCCACGAGGGCUACGGGGACAUGGCUACGGUGUCCUCCGUGCACGCCGUGAACGAACAGACGAUGGGCGUGCCUUACCCCUAUACGGACGAGCGGAGCGGCUGGUGGCUGAAACGACAAAUCGUGGACAAGUACGGCUACGCGAACGCGUUCACGCCUCGUUUCAGACGAGUUGUCCAUCUGAUCCGGUGUCCGUUGGCGAACAUCCAGACCUUGCUGAAGUCGACGGCACCGCUCAUGCGGUUCGUCGAGGCCUUCACGGCACCUAAACUCGAAGCCAGAUGUGUGGCGCACGCCUGUGAUGCUGAUUUCGCUUCCAGAUUGGGGUGGGCGACGGCGGCGUACGUGGCCUGGGUCGAGCAUAUCGACCUCGUCGCGCACGAGACGCUGCGCAUCGACGCCUUCGACGCGACGCAUACGUGGGCCAGUCGCCUGGAGAAGGCGGAGAUGCUUUGUGUCUUGGCGUUCUUGAAUAAGAAUCGGAAGCCGCACGGCUGCGGCGAUCGGCGGCGGAAGCUCGCCGACGUCGAACUUGGAAAGAAUAGGACGCGACCCCUGCCUUUAUUAACUUUGAAACAUCUGGAGGAGGCGACCUGGCCGUCGCAGAUAGACGGACCCGCUACUGUUCAGAGACUCAAGGCCUUUUGCGCCAAGCAUGGCUUCGAGGGCCCUUGUGCUGGUAUUAGUGACUACAAAGCUGUCCACUGGGACCUCGACAACGAUAUGAUAAAGGAGGGCCCGCUACCUCCGAAAAGAGUCAGUGAGGAGCCCACGAAAAUGACAAUAGAAGCAUGCCUCACGAGCGACGCGUGCUCGCCCUUCACGGCGUGCCCUUCAAAAGCCUCGAGGGACUGCCUCCGAGCGAGUGUGCCCUUCCGCACUCCUCUCAGAAGAAUCUCGUGCUGCUUUCGCUGUUGCACACAGCACUGGCUCGACACGACGCGACUCGGACGGAACCUCGACGCGGCGGGCGCGGGCAUGCUUCAAAUCUCGGAAAGCGCUUCUGUCAGAUACAGCAAGCCGAACCCGGACAGCGGGGACUUCGGGCUCGCGCCGCGGACGAACGUCCUCGCGCACCCGCACAUGUUCGCGGCGGCGCGGAAAUCUGGCACGUACGCCAUCGAACAGUUCCACGCAGGUUCGCGGCCGUUGCUGACGUCCAUGUGCACCCGAUGACAGGGUGUAGAGUUGUGGACGAGAAGGACUUUGAGGCUUCCUACACACUGUUAGCAGCUUUAUAUCACGUCGAUCCCAAUAUAGCCUUGCGCUCGGACGCUAGUCUGAUGUCCUUCGACUUGGGCAACCAGUACAAGUGCCUGAAGAAGUUACGAGCAUCUGUCAGUAAACAGAGAAGGCUCGUGACGGAUUAUUUUAUGCCCGUGCGCUGGGCGCCCGAGAGCCCUUUGCAGCACUAUUUGGCGUUGGGCCUCGCGAACAACGUCAAGGAAAGUGCCAAUGCAAACACGCGGGAGCGCGUUAUUGGUGUGAGAGGGCCUUCUUUAUGGCAAGCGGCCCUCGAGCAUCCGGCGUACGAUCAAUUGCCGACGGACGAUCGGUUGCUGCUCUGUUGCUGCAUGAACAUCGACGAAAAACAUCCUUUAAGAUUGGAGCACUACCUCAUCCUCAACAAGCAUCCCGAGUUCGCCUGCGCGGCACGAGAAAAAAAACACCUCGGAGAACCGAUCACGGACCCGCGCGAACAUGCGAUCGAAAAUGACAUAAAUUUGAUGCUCAACGGGCGGUACGGGACGCUCACGAGCAUGCUCGGGAAUUUUGAUGCCCACUUACCGGUGCUGAUGAGAGGUUCAAGGUUUGUUUUCAGCCCGAACGGGGUCGGCGAGCAGUGCUACCGCGAGUACGAGGCCUUGGUUGCGGGGACGUAUCCGCUGGUCGACGCUACUGCGAAUCGGCACCGCAACGCCAUCCUGGACUUGUUGCCGGUCGUGCGCGUGGAGGACUGGUCCACGGUCACGCCCUCAUUCUUACGGGCGAAGGGCCGGGAGCUUGAUGGAAAGGACUACGACGUUUCCAUACUAUAUUUGCCGUACUGGUACGACCUGCUGCUGACGGCGCUGGAGCUCGCGUAACAUUGUUGUGUGUUU